UGAAUGUAUGAUUCUCAUAUUAGAGACCUCAGACUUCGCAGCUUCAAAGCAAACCUUGCUUUUUCCUUUUACAAACUCCUCUCAGAGAGUCAGACUUAAAAUCAUUCUCUCCUUUCUUUGAGAAAUGGCAGCAGGUUUUUCUGUUGGUCCCUUCUCUGUCAAUGGUUUGACAACACAUGAAGCAAUAGUGCUUUUUGUCUUAAGCAUUUUUGGGGUUUUGUUCAUUUGGUUUGUGUGCUGCACAAGAAGAAAUCGGGAGGGUCAACAACUCCAGCAACGGCAGCAACAGACGGAUGGGAUUGGCCCGAUGGAGACGAUAAUUCGCAUUGAAAAUUCUGAAGGAGAGGCUUCUGCUGGACGCCAGACACCGAGGCUUCCGGUGGAGUAUGAGCCUGCGUCCUACCCUCCACACGAUGAAAUGGUCAGCGAUUAUGAUCCACUCCAGGAGUACAUAGACCAGGAGAUACAAGAGGGUGUCAACUCCCUACAAGGUGCUGAAACACAGCUAUAGUUUUCCGUUUUCCGUCGGCUAUAGUUUUGUUUCAUAUAAAUUUUCUGCUGUUUAUCUGUUGCCUUUCAUCUGUUUUUUUUUUUUUAUUAAACAGGGAGAAUUUGU